AUGUUGGUUGCUGGCUGCAGGGCAGUUGGAUUUGUAAUGUGGAUUUUUUUCCUGCUGCAACAUUCGAUUGCUGCAUUUUCUGAAUGCAAGGGAACUAGACGAGAUUUUGAUAAGCAUAUUUCCAAAUCGGGACAUAGAUAUGAUAGUUCUGGAGCUGCUUAUGCAACACUGCAAUGUUUUCCGCCUGUUACUUUCACUUUUCAUGUUAACAAGGCAAGUGCUCUUAGGCUUCUUUGGUCUUCCAACAUCCAGAGUAAUAUACAAACAUUUGUGAGGAGAUUCAUUCUCAAUAGACUGCAAACAAAUGUUGAGUUGGCAAAGUGGGGAGUGUUGUGGCGACAUCAUAAUUUGGUGUGUCUGAUUUGUUUGGGCCUUGAGGAAUCACAUAUGCACUUGUUUAUUCAGUGUUUGGCUGCUGUAAUAGUGUGGCACAUAAUUUACAAUUGGCUUAACUUGUUUGUGGAAGAUGUAGACAUGUCCCUGGUGGAUCAUUUAUUCCAAUUUAAGAAGCUGAUGAAGGAGAUAUCCGGCAAGAAGUUUAGAAUCUUAAUUUGGAUGUCCACCACUUUGGCAAUUUGGCUCGUGCGUAACGACAUUCUUUUCAAUGGCGGAAUCAAAGAAGCGGAAGCUAUUUUGCUUCUCUUGAAUUUUGUUAUUUUGGAAUUGGUUAGGUGCUAG